AUGCAGGAGUCCACUGUCGCCCUCGUUCUCACCCUCGCCUCCGCGGUCCUGUUUGGAUCUACAUCCGCCUCCCCAUACGCCUCGGACACCACUCCCUGUUGCUUCGGCUACAUCAACCGCUCCCUGCCACAGGCCCACGUCCGGGAAUAUUUCUACACCAGCAGCAAGUGCUCCCUACCAGCAGUUGUCUUUGUCACCCGAAGGAAACGCCAGGUGUGCGCCAAUCCAGAGGACAAAUGGGUGCGAAAGUACAUCAAUUCUAUGGAGAUGAACUAGCACAGCAGACAUCUUGAAUCUGAACUUAAGCAUGCCUUUGCACAGCUUCUUGCUCUCCUUCUGAAGAGCUUGGAAAUCCCCAGCACCAUCACCCUAAUGCCACAACACUCCUUCCUGGUGGACAUGGCUUCCACCUUUCAGCAGCAGCAAUGAAAGCCACCCCCUGCCUAUGGCAGGAAGGUCCUAGGCUCCAGGCCCUCUACUUGGCCACAAACCUGCCCUCAGCACAGUUUUUGAGGCAAA